AUGACUUCCAUGUCGCCCAUCAAUACCUCUGUCCCCGUUUCGGGCGACUCCUCCAAUGGUGGCAGUGUCUCACCCAGACAGACUGCAACUCCCAAGAAUGUCGCAUUUGAGCUUCUCUUCUUGGAAUCGCCUCAAUAUCGAGCGCGCUUGCCCAUGAGGGUACAAAUUUAUCCACAUGACACCACAGACUCAAUAGUCACCACCGUCAAGAACUUUUACGGCUUGUACUCGGGUCCCACUGGGUCCAAGGGAGUCAGUUUUGAGGACCAACAUGGAAAUACCCUCAUUGCCCGUUACGAGAAUUUUAGAAACAACAUGGUUGUCUACGUUCGAGUAAUUGAGGAGUCCCCUGCCCCCCCUGCUACUGGCUAUAGCCAACACACAUUCCACCAGCCAUCAAUCGGUCCUGCAGAGUCCUACUAUGAAGAGGACAGCUAUCAACCUCAACAGCAGCAAGCCCAGCGAUAUUCACAAGAUAUUGCUCGGCCCAGCUCAAGGACAUCGCGGCGGCGCAGCCCGUCACCCAACGGCAGCCGUGGCCGGAGGAGCGACUCUGCCAGUACGAGUGAAAAGCAAGGUCGUUCCCGAUCUGCCAAGGAUCGCAGUGCAUUCAACCACGCAAACUCGGAUGCGUAUAGUGACAGCAUCAACGGGUACAGCAGUGGAGAUGGUGCCCCCAGCAGUGCUUCAGGGAAGAGCAAGGAGCAACUUGGAACUACAGAUAUAAGUGUCGAGAACAUUGUUGAAGGUGGUCGUCGCAAGCGGGCCAAGUUUGAGAGUUCGGAAUUGCCCUUGUUCGCACCGCCUCAGAUGCCUGCGGCCACUUCCAAUCCUUCGGUUUCGCCCGCUCGCCGUGCGGAGCACCAACGACCAUCGCUGCCGUUUGUGCAUCCUGGGCAGCACCCAUUUGCGAACCCUCGGCCGAUGCAAUCGCCACAAAGCUAUACCAAUGUCCAGCCUCACAUGUACGCUACGCCUGCACAUGGCCAUCGUUCCCGCGAUAGCAUCGGGUACGCAAGCAAUGGCAGCGGUGUGGGCUCGGGAAUGGGAAUCCUGCCCACACCUGACCCCACUGUCGGGAGUUGCAUGUCAGAGGAAGACAAGGAUGUGGCCAUCCAACUCAUGCGACUCGGGGACAUGUCCAACAUUUCCCACGGUCGCACUUCUGCAUCUACGCUGGAUGAUACCUUUAGCGGUCGCGCUGAUGCUGCUUCUUCCACUGGAGCCACUAGUGAUGGCGAGAGUGACAGCGAGGACGAGCUGCCCGCGUCGCGCCGGCAGAAACUGGACACUGCUGGUACCGCCAGGUUAAUUUACCCAUCCACCGAGACGGGAUUCAUUCCUACUACUGAGGGUCCUGAUGUCAACGGGGAUGAUGCUGGCUAUGAUGAUGGCGCUUCUGCUACCCAAGUCGCCAGCCGGAAACCUGCCCAACCCAAGAGCAAGUCGGCGACUGCAAAGCACCGUUCCACUCCUUCCAUAUCCAAGCCAACAACCCAAAAAGCCCCCAAGGUCCCCCGUCCCGUCAACAACGUCAAGACCAAGAAACUACCUGUCAGUACCGCCAGUGUUACCGGCCCAAUGUCACCUGCGUCCACGACACACUCGCGCAAACCGUCGGUCGCAUCGGUUGGGCAUAUUCCCCAGCCUGGCGAGGAUGAUCAGCCAGAUCUUUCCACCAAGCCUCGCUGUCAGCGAUGCCGCAAGAGCAAGAAGGGCUGCGAUCGUCAGCGUCCAUGCGGACGGUGCCGAGAUGCGGGACUUUCUGCUGACCAAUGUAUCAGCGAAGAUGAAGGCAACGGCCGCAAAGGGCGAUAUGGUCGCCACAUGGGCGUGCCGAUCAAGAAGGAAGAAGUGGCCGUUCCAUUGCAGCCGGCGCUUUUACCCGCAGCUCCCAUCACCACGGCGGCCAUGGCAGCAGACAAGGCUAAGAAGCGCAAGAGGUAG